CGAUAUGAACACCAAUACAAACACGACUCUUCUGAAACGUGUGUACUGUGACCUGCAGGGUGUCUGCAGUGGACUAGCAGAAACACACAUUUGCUGAGCACACUCUCGGAGUCAUGAUGCACCUGACUGGGUUCUCCAGUGAAAGCUGAAGGAUGUCCCUGACCUCACUCCUGCGUAUAAGGCUCAGCAGCAGAUGCAGUACAAAUCAGAUACUUCAAAUAAGAGCCCUGUCCGGUGCUGACGCUGUUAAUGCACUCCGGCCCUUUUACUUUGUGGUCCACCCUGACUUCUUUGGCCAGCAUCCAAGAGAGAGGGAAGUGAACGAAAACUCUCUUAAAAGAUUAAACGGCUACCUAGAGGGUCUUCAGAGGCCAGGCUUUAGGACUGUCAAACCUACCAAGCUCACUUUUUAUCUCAGGGAGGUAGAGGAAAAAACAGAGAGCAAUGAUGAUGUGCUACAUUCAGGAUUUCGUUUGGUGACUUUCACUCUGCAGGCAAAGGAUGUCCUGUGUGCGGUGGUGGAUGUUUUGAAAUCUUGUAGCUUGUCAGUGGAACACAUGCAGGGACUUCUCACAGCCGGUGCCCAAGGCCAGAACUCUGCACAACAAGGUGGAAUUCCUUUCUACCGCCCGAUUAAGUGGGACAAGACAUACUACUCAUUUACAGGCUUCAGAGACCCAGAGCAGGAGCUGGAGCAGGCAAAGAAAAUGGAAACCACACUGAGUCUGUGGCUGAGGAACAAUGAAAAAGAGGCCACUACAAAGCAGAAGGACAGCGUUCCGCGACGAGUUGAGCUAAAAAGACUGAAGAGAGAGCUUAUUGAGAAACUCGGCCUGCUUGAUAUCAGGUGGCAGCGCAAAUGGGGAGUUGCGCACAGAUGCUGUCAGAUGCAGAGUUUGAGCCGACUCUUUUCACAGAACCCCGAGGCCAUGACUAAUCUCAGAGGCCACACAAUACUCUUUACUGACCAAUCGGGUAUGAAUGCCUCAGGCCAUGUUAUGCUGGGAACAAUGGAUGUGCAUCAUCAGUGGACAAAGAUCUUCGAGAGAUUGCCUAGUUACAGCAAGCUACUGCAACAGACAGAGUGGCUAAAGGAUAGGAUCAGUUUCCUUUUAGGAGGGAUUCAGGUGACCCAUAUGGAGCGUGUGAGUCUGGUGUUGCCCCUGGAAGAACACUAUAGCACCCUCAAUAACUUCCAUAAGAGACUGUUGUCUCACAGACUCUCUUUGCACCCUCGCAGCCUACAGGGUCUCGCCAUGACACUAGAAAAUGACCGCUCUAGUCUGAGUCUCCAUGAGAUGGGACACUUCAUCAUCCCCACCAUGUGUGACCCUGUUUACCUACAGAGUUUCCUUCAGAGCAACGCCAUGGAGGCUCGAGGACGUCUGCAGCGCAAGGAACAGUUAGAGGCAGAGGAAGAGGAUGUGGUGUCCAUUUGUUUGCAAGGUCUGUCUCUGCAGAGUCUGUCCAAAGAGCCCAGUGUCUCCAGCAGUCAGAUGAUUCCAUGCUGCAGGCGUUUGAUUGAGGAGAGUUCUCCUUAUAUGCAGGGCCUUCACCUAUGCAUCUCGCAUUUCUACUCUGUGAUGCAAGACGGUGAUCUGUGUAUACCUUGGGAUUGGAAAGGCUGAUGCACUCUUAAAGGUGUUCAAAUACAAGCAGUGUGUGUAUGUUUUCAUGUAGGUGUGCAGGCUUAUUGUGAAGGUGUGGUUUGUGUAGUAAUGUUAUUGAAUAUUGUAUAUUUUCAUGAUGCAAGCAGAUGGGUGGACUGAUUAUAAAAUCAAGAUACCUUGUGAAGGGAUUGGUUGUUUCAGUAUACCGAUUAUGUGUACUCUAAAUAUGAGCACUUUGGGCCUAGUCUCAGAUUUCAGCUUGCUGUGUUUGUUGGCCAUGAACCAAAGGUUCAGUCAGGGUGCUUUGUAUGUCAGAGUGCCAGUUUCAGGUGAAAUGUGGAAUCUGAAAGCAGUCUUGACAGACUGUAUUAUAACCUUAUUACCAUGGCUAUCAGCUACAUGAUUCCUGGAAUUAAUGUCCAUUAACACUGGGGUUAUCAUUUAAAGGGUGUCUGAAACGAUCUGAAGGUUUUUUUUUUUUUUUUUUGAUGACUAUUUGUAUUAGUGCUCUGUGUAUCUCAGCACAUAACUAGCAGUCUUUACUUUCUGAAAGAAUUACAAAUUAUGUAAUGCACCUUAUUUCCAGGAGAUGGAGCACCUGUACAGUGUUGAGGAACAGUGUUCUCAUAAAUUAAUCUCACAUUUCAUAUACUAAAAUAUUGAAUCAAGAUUAUAAACGAGUAUUACUGUGUUAAAUAUCUGAUGAUUAAACCAUGGACAAAGUUUUUAGAAACUGAUUUUUUUUUUUUUAACGGUUUCCGUGUUGAAUCUUGCUCCUUAAAACUCUCAUGCAAUUCAGAUGUUGUCUUGAGAGUAAGGAUGGAAUCUGACACUUAACCAGAAAUCUUAAAACUAUACUGUUUAUAUUUUUGUAGGAGCAAAAGUGCAAGUGGCAAUGUUAAUGGGUCCUAGGUAAAUGUGGACACCUGACCUUCGAAACCAUGUGUAAGUCUGAACAUUUCCCAUAAAAUACGUGAUUGUCAACAAAGUUUUUGCAUUUAGUAGCAUUAAGAUUUGCCUUCACUGGAGCUAGGGGGCUUAAAUCAUGACCGUCAAAUCAGCUUUAUCAUGACAUCUGUGCGUCUGUGCACAAAACAAGGUCCAUAAAGGCAUGGUUUGUCAAGCCUGAUGUGGAUGAAUUUGAGUAGCACAAGCACUGAACAACUUUGGUAUGAACUGGCACCCAGACUACUGUAUAUGCCAGGUCUAGGGUAAGGUUUAACCCCGACCCUAGGGGCAGGAUAAUUUCCCAAUGCACAAAGCAAGUUAUGUAAAGACAUGGUUUGCCAAAGUUGGAGUGGAGUUUAAGUGUCCAAAACUCCACUGGACACUAUUGGGAUGAACUGUGUGCCAGGUCACCUCACCCAACAUCAUGCCUGACCUCACUAAUGUUCUUAUAGCUGAAUUGACAAAUCCCCACAGCCAGGUUCCAUGCUUUCUGAAUUGGUUGUUCAAAAAGCACAUACGAGCGUGACUGAUGUGUCACAGUGCUGCUCUUUUUCUGCAACUUUAUUUAUUUUGUUAAUUCUGUAUGCAUUAUCCCAUUAGUUGGGCUAAUAUGUUUUGACUUAUAAAUGCUACAGUAUAUAUAUUCUUGUGUGGUUGCAUUAAACUUUUGGAUAUCACAUGAGUUGAGCAAUCAUGUAAAAUGUGUUACAUGUAAAAUACGUUUGUGUAAAGUUAAUUUGUCAUUUUCUAUGUGACAAAGAAAAGCAGUUGAAUUUAAUAAAACCAACCUCUAUUACUGCCCUAUUUUUUAAAAA